AGUGAUUUAAAUACUUCACGAAACAGUUGCGCCAAACUAGAAAUUGUUGGAAGAGCGAGAACAGUUGGGUCUCUGUCUAGCUGCUCAUCUUCUCCACAUCCGUUAUCGGUUAAAGCUGAUGAACCAACAAGCGUAAUCAAUCUUCGUAACAAAUUGUCCAUGGUGCAUUGUCAAUAACUGGAUGAUACGUAUUUGUGCUUCAGACAGACUACUUCAAGUGCAGGAGAGAAAGGCCACGAGAGAGAUAGUGUCACAAUUUAAGAGGCCAGCUUCUUUGCCAGUGACUCUGCGAAAGUGAAUUAUUGUCCAGUGAAGAUGGGUUUAGUGAGGACGUCCGUGUGCUUGUUCGUGUGGGGCCUGUUUUGUUUGGGAGCCCGGAGCACUACACUAGACGGCAAGUAUGUACCGACAUGGGAAAGUUUAGAUUCACGACCCCUUCCCAAAUGGUACGAUGAUGCAAAGGUGGGCAUCUUCAUACAUUGGGGCGUGUACGCGGUGCCCAGCUACGGGUCCGAGUGGUUCUGGAUCAACUGGAAGGGCAGCAAUACCACCGAGUACGUGCAGUUUAUGAAUAACAACUACAAGCCCGGCUUUACGUAUCAAGACUUUGCGAGUGACUUCACGGCGGAACUCUUCAAUGCGACCGAAUGGGCCGACUUGUUCGUUCGUUCCGGUGCUCGGUACGUUGUGCUGACUAGCAAACACCACGAAGGAUAUACCCUAUGGCCGUCAAAGCACACAUUCGGAUGGAAUUCGAUGGACGUUGGACCACAUCGGGAUAUUGUGGGAGAGCUUGCCGGAGCAGUUCGAGCCACUGGACAACUAACGUUCGGUGUGUAUUACUCACUGUUUGAGUGGUUUAAUCGGCUAUACACUCAUGAUAGGGAUCUUGCCUUCCUUCACCGCGAGUACGUUGAUGGUAAAGUGUGGCCUGAGCUGCAGGAGCUUAUCAACACCUACCGGCCAGAAGUUUUGUGGAGUGAUGGUGAUUGGGAAGCUCCGGACGGAUAUUGGAAGGCGAGGGAAUUCUUCACCUGGCUGUACAAUGACAGCCCUGUUCGGGAUACGAUCGUUACGAACGAUCGUUGGGGUAUGGGAACGCUCUGCCUUCACGGUGAUUUCCACACCUGUUCCGAUCGCUACAAUCCCGGUGUGCUGCAGAAACACAAGUGGGAAAACGCAAUGACGAUCGAUCGAAAGAGCUGGGGCCAUCGAGCAAAUGCUCGGUUGGAAGAUUUCGUCACCACGGAUGAACUGAUCGGGGAGAUCGCUACCACCGUUAGCUGUGGGGGUAACAUACUGAUUAACGUUGGCCCCACUAAAGCCGGCACAAUAGAUCCAAUCUUUGCGGAACGGCUAGUCGAUAUGGGACGCUGGCUGAAAGUAAACGGAGAAGCGAUCUACAAAUCACAACCCUGGGACUACCAAAACGAUACGCUCACCGGAACUGUUUGGUACACGACGGCGAAGCGUUCCUCUAGGCGGGACACUAACUUCCGCACGAUCUUUGCUAUCGUGUUAGACUACCCGUACAAAACGAACAGCGUGCGGUUGGGAGCCUUCAGCAAUCAGGUGACGAAGAUCGUACAGAUCACGAUGCUUGGAUUCAACACCACCCUAAAGUGGAAACCGACGGAUGAUGGCAUUUUGGUAGAGUUUCCAUCCAAGAAUGAAAUCGACCGAUUAAAGCUGCAUCACGCAUGGACACUCAAGAUUACGCUAUCCUCCCGGUGGCCCCUAAACGGAUGACCUACGAACUCGCGGGUUUUUUUUUGUUUUAAUGGUAAAUCCUCUGCCGUAACUUAAUUGUAGAGCAGUUUAAUUGGUAGUAAUAAACCUGCCUUAUGCAACACAGCAA